AUGUACAGCCAGCUCAUCCGACUGGUGCAGGCGCAGGCGCAGGGGCAUGGCUGGAGUGGGGUGUCGAGGCCCGACCGAAGAGUUUUCCAAGCAACGAAGCAAUGCUUGUCAGCACACGCCUGGCCACAAGGAGAAGCACAAUGGACGCAUGGGGAAGAUGUGUCAGCUGUGGCAGCAGUAGCAGCGGACAGUCGCGGAAGACACUGGUGGCCUGGGGCUUUCUGGCGGGCGUUAUUACUCCACCAUGUCGCCAGUUCUUGUUGCCAGCAGCUCUCCGUUCCGCACGUACGCCUGCUGUCAUUCGAGUCCGCGGGCUCGUGGGUGCAACUCUGGAUACUCGACACUCUUACUCCACACAGACAAGAGGUGCAGUCUAGCAGUCUAGAAGCGUGCCGGCUACGUCACGCUUGCGCAAGGGUUGCGCCUUCCCUCGGAUCGGUCCUAAGCCUCUGCCGCGCUAGGGCCGGACGAACCUAG